UAAAACAAAGAAAAAUUAAAAAAUUGUAAAUUAAAGACAAAUAAAAAAGAUAUUAAAAUGGCUCAAAGAACUGAAAAGAGAGGCUUCGGUAACAAGAAGGGACCCAGAGGUGACAGAAGAGGUGACAAGAACGACUGGUAACCCCAAACCAAGUUGGGUAGACUCGUCAAGUACGGUAAGAUUUCUUCUUUGGACGAAAUCUUCAAGUACUCCAUCCCCAUCAAGGAGCCUGAAAUCAUCGAUCACUUCUACCCCAAGAACAAGGAUGUUUAAGCUGAACACAAGCUCAUGGAAGAAGUCUUAUAAAUCACCCCCGUCCAAAAGCAAACCUAGGCCGGUCAAAGAACCAGAUUCAAAGGUUUCGUCGUCGUCGGUGACAGCAACGGACACAUUGGUCUCGGUUGGAAGGUUGCUAAGGAAGUUCAAGGUGCUAUCAAGGGUGCUAUUACUCACGCCAAGUUGAACAUGGUUCCCGUCAGAAAGGGUUAUUGGGGUAACAAGAUCGCUAACGCUCACACCAUUCCCCAAAAGAUCACCGGUAAGUCUGGUUCCGUCAGAAUUAGAUUAGUCCCUGCCCCCAGAGGUACUGGUAUCGUUGCCGCCCCCAUCCCCAAGAAGGUCUUACAAUUCGCUGGUGUCCAAGAUAUCUACACCUCCUCUUAAGGUUGCACCAGAACCAGAGGUAACUUCUUGAAGGCUACCUACUACGCUUUGGCCAACACCUACAGAUAUCUUACUCCUGAUUUCUGGGGUAAGCCUGAAGACAACGAACUUCCCUUCGAAACUUUCUCUGAAUUCUUACACACCAAGGCCUAAAAGAAGGAACCCAAGCAAUACGAAAACAAGAGAGAAAAGAAGCACUUCGACAGACCCAGAAGAGAACACGGUGACAGACAACCCAGAGGUGAAAAGAAGACUGAAGAAGUCCCCGCCACUGAAGCUCAAUGA